AUGGCAAAAUACAACCUGUACAAGUACACUCCGUCAGGAGCAGCCGCUAUGAUAUUCCUGAUCGGCUUCAUUAUUGGAUGCGCAUGGCAUAUUUAUAUCAUCAUCCGCCGGCGGGCAUGGUAUUUCAUCCCGCUGAUCAUCGGGUGCCUCCUCGAAAUCGUAGGCUACCUGGGCCGGUUUCUCUCCGCCAACGACACCUCCAGCCUCGCCUUCUUCAUGAUGCAAACACUCUGCCUCCUCGUCGCCCCCGCCCUAUUCGCCGCCUCGAUUUACAUGGUCCUCGGCCGUUUGAUCCUCCACCUCCACAGCACUCCGCUCUCUCCGAUCAAGCCCUCGCGCCUUACAAAAAUUUUCGUCGUCGGCGACAUUCUCUCCUUUCUGGUGCAGGUCAUGGGAGCAGGUAUGCUCGCCUCAGCUGGCUCGAUGAACACGGGCAAGACCGUCAUCCUGCUAGGUCUAGCCGUCCAGCUCAUCUUCUUCGGGCUUUUCGUCGUGGCGGCAGCUGUAUUUCAUCAUCGACUUCUAGACCAUGUUCCGAAUUCUGUCCUGCACGAGGAGGCGACUCCGGGAUGGAGAAGGCACAUCAGAGGGUGGAGGGGUGUCAUGAGCGUGCUUUACGUAGCAAGCGGUCUGAUCUUUGUGAGGUCGAUGUUUCGACUGAUCGAGUACAUUGAGGGUAACGAUGGCGUUCUUCUCUCGACGGAGGUGUAUCUGUACAUCUUUGACGCGCUGCUGAUGCUUGGCGUCGUGGCUGCUACCGCCGUCCUCCAUCCCGCCAAGUACGUGCCUGGAAGGAAGGAGAUCAUGGCUAUGCAGGAUAUGGAUGGCUGA